AUGUCUAACUGGGCUUUGAAUGCCUCAAGAAAGAAGGGAAACGGGUUCAUACCCGGAUCAUCAAAAUUUAUAUCCAAUGAAUUAAGUUUACAAUUUUCAAUUGCAUCAUCUAAUUUAGAUAAUCAUUUCACUACGAUCAAAGAUCAAAUUAAUAGCCUAUCAGAGUUUAUGAAUAAAGUUUAUGAUAAUGACGAUGAGAUUAAACAUUUGGGAGCUAUAGAUGAAGAAAUUAUAAAUAACUCACCAGUCAAAGUUAUUCAACCAACAUCAAUAAUUACACCUAAUGAAAAUCUAGAGAUCCCGAUUUCUAAGGAGUCAGAGAAAAUAUCACAAGGUGAAGUAAAACUAUUUCCUGGACAACAAAUUGAAACUUUGGAAAAACUCAAUCACCUCACUAAGAAUAAUCACACCUCGCCGAUAAAAAUUCCCAAGCUUAAACCAAUUAUUUCACAGAAGGAUGACAUUGAUCUAAAUAACACUACAUCACCAUUUGACAAAAUUGAAAAUCAUGCCAAUUCUAGAGAGAAUCACAAGACUGAUCAAUUUAAAAGCUCACAGUCCAAGACCGUGGAUCCUAAAACAUCAAGAAAUUCCACUCGAAUAAGUUCGGAAAGCAAUAACUUGCCAAAUCGUGAGUUAGUCAACCAAGAAAGCGAUGACCAGGUUCACUCCAAAUACGUCGAGAAAGAUGCUAGAGCCAAUAGCUCACCUAAUGAUGAUUUUCAAAACACUGGUAUUCAAAAUACAACUUUUGAGCUGGCCUCAGAAGAUUCAUUCCAAGCCAUUAGUACCGCCAUUAGAAAAAGUAUAGCCGGAAAAAAGAGAGAUGAAAAUAACAAUAGACAAAUUCCCAAAACACCUCGAACAAGAAGUUCGAUAUUUGUUUCAUUACCAGCUCGAGAACCUUUACUAUUAAAAUCCACAAGUAAACCAAAAUCAACCACAAAAAAUAAGAUCGAAUCUGGUUUUAAAUUAUCACCUGUAAAGUUAAUACCAAGAACAGAUGUUUCCAAACUAACUGGUGAAUCAUUAAAGACAGAAGAUCUACAAUCAAGUCCAGAAAAAGUAAACUUAUUUACCAGCAACGAACCAACAAAGAAUUUAACAGAGGAAGUUCAACCUACUAUAACAUUAUGGGAUAAAAUAAGUCAAUAUAGAGCACUCUCUCCAAAAAAAUAUCUGCUUAGUCCUAUAAAAUUAGAUACUACGUUUCGUAUCAAAAAGUCACCUGUCAAAAACUUUUCAUUGAAGUCACCAACAAAAGCGUCCAAUAGAUCACCAAUAAAAUCAACUAUUAAAGCAGCUCGAGAAUCACCUAUAAAACCAAACAUACUACGCUCUCCUACAAAUCCACAAUUGAAAAAGCAUACAACUCCCCAUAAGUCUCCAACAUCACGUUUAUUUGCACAAACGGUUUCAAGCGCAGCUAAGAAGGUUCAACCCAAAAAGAUCGAGAUACCAAAUAAACAACUACGUCCAAGAAGUGCUCGAAAAGCGUUGAAAUUAAAUGAUAUACUUCCAAAUACAGAAAUCACUAACUUACCAAAACUUACAAAAAAAUCUAUGAUGGAACAAAGAAGUGAAGCAGCAGCAUUAAAACCUCGUCAAAAAAUUGUGGUGAAAUUAAGAAAAUCAGAAGUUAGUAAAUCAACAUUACCACCUCAAACACCUGCAAAGACUUAUACCCCAGAUAAUUUGCCAAAAAUUUUAUCAGAUGAUAAUCAUAAAACUUUGAAAUCAUGGGGUAAAACGCCUGAAAUUUUCAAAAUUGCGAAAUUGAAGAAGCAUGUAGAUCCUUCAAAAAUUUUCCGCAAGAAGACAUCGGUUGAUUUGAUGGAAGUUUUUAACACACAAAUGCUAACUUCUCCUGCUCCGACUCCAGAUAAGAAUGACAAAGAUAAACUAGAAUAUCAAAAGAUCAUGGGUUACGAAUAA